GCGCGCGGAGGGUAAAAGUGGGCGCGCGGGAACCGGCGCGAGCUUUCGGAGCUGCGGGUGCGAGCGAGGUUUCUGUCCGGAGAGGUUCCUGGAGGUGCCAUGAGCUGCGUCAACCUGCCCACGGUGCUGCCUGGCUCCCCCAGCAAGACCCGGGGGCAGAUCCAGGUGAUCCUCGGACCCAUGUUCUCAGGAAAAAGCACGGAGCUCAUGAGACGGCUCCGACGCUUCCAGAUUGCCCAGUACAGGUGCUUGAUGAUCAAAUACGCCAAAGACACGCGGUACAGCGACAGCUUCUGCACGCAUGACCGGAACACCAUGGAGGCGCUGCCGGCCUGCCUGCUCCGCGACGUGGCCCAGGAGGCCCUGGGCGUGACUGUCAUAGGCAUCGACGAAGGGCAGUUUUUCCCUGACAUUGUGGAGUUCAGCGAGGCCAUGGCCAACGCCGGGAAGACUGUGAUUGUGGCUGCACUGGAUGGAACCUUCCAGAGGAAGGCUUUCGGGACCAUCCUGAACCUGGUGCCCCUGGCCGAGAGCGUGGUGAAGCUGACGGCCGUGUGCAUGGAGUGCUUCCGCGAAGCCGCCUACACCAAGAGGCUGGGCAUGGAGAAGGAGGUUGAGGUGAUCGGAGGAGCUGACAAAUACCACGCUGUGUGCCGCCUCUGCUACUUCCGAAAGGCCUCGGGUCAGCCCGACGGGCUGGACAGCAACGAGGACAAGGAGAACUGGCUGGUGCUGGGAAAGCUGGGGGAGGCCGCGGAGGCCAGGGCGGCCACGGGGGCCCGGAAGCCCCUCGCUGCGCAUCAGAUCCUGCAGCGCAGCCCCCCCAACUGAGGCCCCAGUGAUGCCUUCCCCUCUGCAUGCCCGGCGGCCUGUCAGAGGAGGAAGUCCCAGGUGGGUGAGGCUUCCUGGGCACCUGGAACUUUCUGCCAUCACAGGGCCCUGCCCUGCUGGCGGUAUGCGGCCCAUUUCUCCCUCUGCCUGCCCACUGCCUCUCAGUUCCCUUCCCAGCUGCCGAUCCGCUCAGGACCACCCCGGGCUGGAGCCGGCCACUGCCCGCACCGCUCCUUCUCCUUUGAGCUGUGGGGCAGGCCACACGCUGCUGUGACGUCAGCCCGGCUGGCUUCUUCCCCCUCUGUGGCUUUCACUGUUGAGUUUCGGUUCUCACUGGGAAGUUCAGGCGGCAGCACCUCUGGCUCAGCGCGGAGCCUCAUUCCACACAAAGGAUUCUGUCCCUUGGCCUGGGACAGGCUCCCAGCCGGAGGGCGGCUAGACUUGUGCCCUUUCGCUUCCCUGUGGGCUGAAAGCUCUUCCUGCUCUGGUGAUGACUUUCUUGAGGCUCACAGCUUCAUUCAUGUGGGUGACACCUGCUGAGGCUCAGACCCCAGGGGUUUGCUAGUCUUUUAUGGGGAACUGGGGGCAAGGUCCCUGAUUCUUGUGGUAGAGAGUGAAAUGAAUACGUGACAUUAAAAUGCACUAGUUGGCAGGA